GCGCUAACAGUUCCUAAGGGAAGCUUCUGGGGACAUGGACAUGGCAUUGCCCAUUGUGAAUGCCACAGCGGCGGUGCUCGCCCGUGUCUCGGCUGCCUUCAAUGGCCCCCUUGCCCGCGCAGUCGUCUUUGGGGUCCAUAUUGAUGGUCACUUGGUCGUGGAAGGGCUUCUUAUUGCAAUCAUAGUGUUCCAGCUCUCCAGGAAGAGCUACAAACCACCAAAGAAGCCACUCACUGAAAAGGAGAUUGAUGAGCUAUGUGAUGAGUGGGAGACAAAGCCGCUAUGCCCUCCAAUCAAGGAGGGGGCCAAAAUAGAUGCUCCAACAUUGGAAAGUGCCGCUGGACCACAUACGAUUGUUGAUGGUAAAGAAGUUGUGAACCUUGCAUCAGCAAACUACCUCGAUUUAAUUGGCAACGAAAAGAUUAUUGAUUCUUGCAUCAGUUCAUUGGAGAAAUAUGGUGUUGGUUCUUGUGGUCCACGUGGUUUUUAUGGAACAAUUGGUCUGAACUUAACUUUCCAUUGUAUUCUUUAUUCAUAUGGGAUUUCUACAAUAUUUAGUGUGAUACCCACCUUCUGUAAGAAACGAGAUAUCAUAGUCGCGUAA